CCCUAAAGAUUUCAUUUAAAGUCAAAUCUGAUGAGUAUGACCAUGGGUCAGAAUUGUCAGGGCUAUCGAAUGGUGUAUGAUUCGACCACUUUUACGUCUGCUGCAUUUUUGCCCUUCCGGCACCUUAAUAUGAUAGACAACGAGUCGUUCUAAAUUGUUUUUGAUCAAUUUUUUUGUGACUUGUUUUGUUUAUAGUGAUAAAGAAAUUACUAAAAGAUGUCACAGGAUACGGAAGUGAACAUUCUAGUGUUCCUCUUUUAAGUGUAAUAGAUAUAUAUCUCACUCUUUAAAAUGGCUCGUGCAUCUUUUAUUCGUUUUAAACUAUGAAAUAAAGAUACAUUUUACAUGAUUCAUUUAUUAUUUUAAUCAUUAUGACAGUUCUCUCUCUUCGAAGUUUAACUUAAUAUUUGGGAAUGAUGGCUUAUACACAUAUAUUUUUCUUUUUCCAAACUAAUUUAUUACUGAAUUGAGUACAUAACGACUAAAAAAGGUGUCAACAAAUGAAACUGGGCGCAAAAAAAAGUAUUUAUACGAUAUUGUUCUCAGCGGGCUUUUAUUUUUUGCUUUGAAUUAAAAUUACUGUGUUUUGUUUAUAUAUAUAUAUAUAUUUCCUAAUCAAUAACAAAUAACAUUCGUAUUCACACAAAAAAAAGAAUAUUUAAUAAUCGAUUAAGUAAAAAAAGAAGAAAAGGAAAAGAAAUGAAUAUCGUGAAAACGACAAUAAUGAAUGUCAGGUGCAGCAGCUUAUACUUUCAAACUAAUAAUGUUUGAUAAAUUUUAUUCAAUUUUCUAUGUUCUGAUACUAAUAUUAUUAGAUCCGAAUAACGCAACGAAACCCAAUUCAAAUCUAUGUGGAACGAAUCAUGAGACAUAUGAAAUUAAUGGUACCUCAAUAUUAGGAAAAUAUAAACAGGCAAGUAAAAGAUGAAAUAUAAAAUAUGUCUCGGAUGCAUAUCAGAUGUAAACUUUCUUUUACUUCAGUUUUAUUCUUAAACAUAGUUUCAAUCCUCUACUUUCACUUCUUUUUUAGGCAGCUGUGGCUGUUGACAAUGCAGAAUGUUCAACAAUUGGAAAAAAUAUAUUACAGAAGAAAGGAACGACGGUUGAUGCUGCAUUGGCAGCUGCUAUCUGCAAUGGUGUUAUGCAUGGACAUUCAAUGGGUAUCGGAGGACCUCUCGCUAUUGGCGUACCAGGCGAAUUAAAAGCAUACAAAGUAGCAUAUGAAAGAUUCGGUGGCAAUGUUACGUGGAAAGAGCUAUUUGAACCAACGAUUAAGCUUUGUCGUGAUGGUUAUACAGUUAGUAAAGCACAUGCAAAAGCAAUCGACGACCAAAAAAAUAUGAUAUUGAAAGAUCCACAACUGAGGGAAUUAUUCCUUAAAAAUCCAGUUACUAAUGAACUGUAUAAGGAAGGAGAUAAGAUCAAACGGAUAAAAUUUGCUGAUACUUUACAAUUAUUAGCUGAUCGUGGUCCGUCGGGAGUAAACGAUUUUUAUAAUGGCGAUAUAGCUGAUAAGAUUGUAAAAGAACUUCGGGACAAAGCAGAUUUACAAACUUAUGAGGUUGAUGUAGAAGAAGCCAUUCAAAUAAAAUUAAAUGAUACAUUAACUGGUUUUACAACAGCUGCACCAUCCAGUGGCCCAAUUCUCGCAUUUAUAUUGAAUAUUUUGAAAGGCUACAGUGUACAUCAUGACGAACUGAAUAAAACAGAUGCUGCAGCAUUAUUCUAUCAUAGAGUAAUUGAAGCAUUUAAAUUUGCUUACGCAAAAAGAAGCGAACUAGCAGAUCCAAAGUAUACAAAUAUAUCAGAAACUAAUUUUACAUCAUGUAUCUACUUAAGUGAUUCUAAAACAUUUUCAUACGAACAUUAUGGCGGAAGUUGGUUGGAUAAAAUCAAACAAGGUACAGCUCAUCUUUCUGUUAUCGGCCCAGACGGCGAUGGUGUUGGUUUGACGAGUACUGUUAAUCUCUAUUUUGGAUCUAAAGUUGUCGGAAGUGAAACUGGUAUCAUAUAUAACAAUGAAAUGGAUGAUUUUUCAUCACCAAAUUCUACAAAUUCUUUUGGUAUACCAAGUUCAGAAGCAAACUUUAUUGAACCGGGUAAACGGCCUGUUUCAUCGAUGUCCCCACUAAUUAUUCUUGAUCAGAAUUACCGUAUACAGCAAGUAUUAGGUGCGAGUGGAGGAACAAAAAUAACGACAACUGUAGCUCAGGUAAUGAUGAAAAACUUAUGGUUUAAUCAAAAUAUUAAAGAUGCAAUUGACGCACCUCGAGUUCAUCAUCAGUUAUUGCCACCUGAACUGUUAGCAGAAGAAGGAUUUGAUCCUAUGCCCCAAGUUUUAGGUGAGGGUGAAACCGAAGUCGGUGGAAAUGAACGAAACAUUGCAUAA